GCGAUAUCGUAGAACAGAGGUAGUUGCAAACUGCUCUUCUUAAACAUGAAAACCACAAUCGCAUCUGUCUGUGUUUUGAUAAUUUUGACUUUCUCUUACUGUGCGGAACUACCACCUAGUUUCAAAAAAUGCAACAUAAAGCAGUCGGAUUUUAAAAAGUGCUUGAGCGACGCCGUCCAGAACGCCAUCCAGCAAUUGAAAGACCCAAUUCCUGAACUGGGUCUACACAGCAUAGAUCCAUUUUGGAUGGAAACUCUAACGAUGGAAGUAGGGAAUGCUUCUGAGGGUUUACAUCAAAUUUGGAGCAAUGUAACAGUUUAUGGCUUGAGCAAACCCGUUGCUACAGAUGCCAGCUGGACUUGUGGCUCUGUCAUCACCUUAGAUCUCGAAGUGAGCUACGACCGUACGCUAGUUUUCGCCUCCAACUAUGAAGCCCACGGCGCAGUUCUUCUCCUCCCGGUUGACGUGUUGUCAUCAUUUCGUUGCGAAUUUGUGAAAGGGGGGAAGAUUAAAGUAACAUACAAAAUCCAAAAACCUAAAAAAGGGAACGGAUAUUUUAAACUGAUUAGUACUAAGGUUGUACUUGAACCCAAGAGGGCGAAAUAUAUUUUCACUAAGGUCUUUGAAAAUCAAAAUCUAACGGAUGCGUUAAACUCGGAAAUGUAUAAAAAUUGGGAGGGAGCCUGGGAGUUUAUUCAUGGGUUUUUGAAUGUUUAUGACCCAUUUUUUGAUGCAUUGCUUAGAAGCAUUUUGGAAAAAGUUCCAGCUGAUCAAAUUAUCGAUGGGCUGGAUUAAACCGUGUAUUGCUCCGAACUACAGUGUUUUAAUAGGUAUAUGUUAAAAAUAAACGAAUUGUGGAAUAAUUUACAAAUUAAAAAAUAAAAAGAAAAAAAAUAUAUAGAUUAGAAAAAAUGUGCUUCAUUUUUAAAUAUAUUUUUCCUUUAAAAUAAAAAUACAAGCGUGUUUUUCUACAUCAACUUUUUUUAAUGAUACUUUAUAUAUUUUAGAAUUUUUGUAGAACUUACCUGAUUUACUUAUUUACAAUGAAAGCACAAGUUCUUGAUUUUAUUUAUUUUUAUUUCAAAUAAUAAUCGUGUUUUCUUUAAUUUUAACCAAGAAAGACUUUCCUCCGGUGAUAUGCCGGAGGUCUUCUCUGUUAUUACUUUUGCAUUUGUGUCUCCGAUAAAUAUUUUUAUGUCAUAUUUUGGAAUUUGUCUUAUUAUAUCUGCAAUCGUUUCAUAAAAUUCAUUUUUUAUUCUAUAUUUUACUCGGAUUCUUAUUAACGCAUUCUGUCAGAUAUUGAUUUGAAGUCAUCACGGUCUUCUUCAUCCUUUCAUUCACUAUGAAUCCAGUCCCAAAGUACCUUUUGUUUCCUCUACUUUUAAAGAAUACGUUUUUUCUUAUCUCCAUAACUUCAUUUCCUUGCUGCUUUGUUUCUUGUAGAGCCGACAUUUUUCCUCUGUGUCUAUCAGGUUUCUCAGAGCUCCUUCUUCGUAAGUACCUCUUACGUUCCAUGUCCCCAAUUUAAUUACUGUUCUAUCAACUUUAUUCCCAUUUCCUGCUGCUUUUUUUGUUGUUUUUCCAUUUCGUGUUCUUUUAUCUCUCCAUAUCGUCUUCGUUCUUUCCGAGUUUUUUUCUGUCUUGUCUAGUUUUUUAAUUCUUUCUUUUUGUCUAUAUCAAUCCCAUUUUUUUUCUUAUUUUAUCUCAAUGUUUCUCCCUAUAUGAUCUUUUGAUAUUCUACCUUGAUUCUCUUCCCUUUCUUUCUUUCUAGUUGUGCUAUUCUUCCCUUUGUAUUAUUCUUUCUUCCUUUGUCAUGUCAUCAUUUGUGUAAAUUGGUUCGUCAUUUCUGUUUUUUAAUUUACUUUUGUUUUCCUUUAUUUUCAUUUUAUCUUGGAUGUUGUUCAAUUCAACUGCAGCAAUUUCCUCCCUCAACUUCCUUACUGUGUUUACUUCUACCUUUACUCCUAAUUCUUUGUCCAUAAAAUUUUUCAUUGCCUUAAUUAAAAUUCUCUGUUUGUUUUCAUUUAUUUUAAUACCUUGUACUAGCUUUUCUACUCUCUCCUUGGCAGCUGUUAUUUCCGUUUCUAGCCCAUCCAGUUCUCUUACUAUUUUCUCAUUAGAUUCAAUUGUCUUAUAUUAAUAUUAUUAUUAUUAUUAUAUCUAGACUCCGAUAUUCUCGCUCUGCGUUCUUGCUUAUCUAUAUCCUUAUCUCUUUCACUCAGUUCUUCUGUCAUACUCCCAUUUCUCUCAUUCUCUCUAUUUCUUCGGAUGCAUAUCGCUUUCCUCCAUAAUACUUGUCUCUUUCGUUCCAAACAUGUUUUCCCCCUUCCUUUCUUAUUUCUUUCCAACAUCCUUGCAAUAUUUUUCAAUCACAUCUCUCACUGAACUUCUCUUCAAAUCCAACCGCCCUUUUACCCGCUUCCACUCUCAUUUUCUCCCUUUUUGUUUCUUCUCUCACUCUAUACCCCGGCGUAUGCUUUUCCAAUCCCAAUGUCUAUUUCAAGUAUUUUUCUUGCACUCUCUCUAUUUCUUCAUAUUCCCUCCAUCUCCAAUCUUAGCUCCAUACAUAAAUACACUUUUGAUCAAACUAUCAAACAUCAUCAUUCUUCUCUUAUAAUCAUGUCCAACUUUUCUCUCUCCUGUUCCCCGUACUGUUCCAAUCACUUUGUUCGCUUUUCGGACCAUUUCUUGAAUAUGCGUUUUUGCUCUUUAAUGUAUAUCCUAAGUACUGGAAUUCUUUCACCUGUUCAAUCUACUUCCCUCUCCAUGCCCACUCUUCCUUCUCCUGUCUUAUCACCAUUUUUGAUUUUUCCACAUUCACUUCCAAUUCCUUUAAAAAAAAAAAAAACUUUUGAACUGACGUCAUCAAGUUUUUGAAGGGGAUAACCAAAUAUAUUUUGAAUAAAGAUAGCCUUAAAACAUCUGCAACAUUUCAAAACAUUCAGGUUAGCAGAUUCAAAAUUAAAUUUCAAAAUGUUGUUUUAUAAUUUUGAUACGUUUCGGGUAAAAACUCAAUUCGGAGUCGUAAACCAAAUGUGUAGGACUAUGUUAUUUUAUACAAUUUAAGACCCAUUUACUAUGUACAAUUUUGAAGUGACGUCAUCGCAUUAGUGGUGGGGAUGAUUAGACAAAUUUUGGUUAGCGUUUUACCAUGUACAUGAUAUUUCUAAUAUAUGUACAAAAUUUCACAACAAUCGGUCCAGUAGUUUCGGAGAUUAUCUGCCUAAUAAAAAUCCGGGAUGGCAGACAGAAGGACAGACGGACAGACAGACGCAGGGACGGAUGGGGUACAGUCUUCCGGCCCGGGAAAAUAACAAGUACGGCCCAGACUGAAAAGUAAUUUUUUUAUUUUUGUUGCGGAGGAAACCGAUAUUUGUCAGACAUAAUUAAUCAUGAGUAAUGUGAAAAAGAUAUUCACUCUUUACAAAAAAAAAUGCAUUUCACAAAAAAUAAAACCUAUAUUUCACAAAAAAUUAGCAAAAUCGAACUAACAACUAUGUAAUCUAAUAUAUUAAAGCUUUUUUUAACAAACUACUCUCUGCCGCAAGACUGUUAAUGACUUCUUCAUUAUCAACUGUGUUUAAAAUGGAUUUUUCCAUAUUCAUGAUGACGAAAGAUUCCAGUCGGUCAUCUGUUAAUCUAUUUCUUAAUCUAUUUUUAAUAUAUUUCAGAACUGAGAACGAUCUCUCACACUCCACUUGAGUUAUUGGAAGUGUUAGGAGAUACUGAUACGCUGUAGCAAGUGCACAAUAUGCCCCCUGGAACAUGUUAUAUUUCAAAAUAACAGUGUAGCAACAUAUUGCACAGUUUUUGCAACUCUUGCAAAUAUUUUUUUUUGAGUUUAACAUCCGUAAUUUCGGAAGAAUUAGGUAAAUUUACAGUAUCGAUACCAUCCUCAUCAUCGUAGUCGUCCUCAAUGAUAUGUAGAUCUAGAUCGUAAUUUGUCUUGUACGUAUCCUCCAAAGUUAAUUUUAGUUUCUCCCAAUUUGAGGCAAAACUUAACAGCUCCUCUUUUAACUGGGAAGAAGUUGCAGUCGAAUUAUAUUUUAUUAUUUUCGCGGACAAGUACUUCAUGCAGUUGUCUGGCAAACUUUUUUUGUUACAAAUUUCUUCAAAAUUAUUGGGAUCUAAUAUUGCCAUAUCCCUACAUAUAUCCAUAUUUUUUAAAAAUCGAUUAUUCAUGGCUUCAACCGCAAUGUCCAUCAACAUGUUAAAAGUAGAUAUCUUAAAUCUUUCUUCUGGAGAUUGUGGCUGCUCAUCAAUUGAUUUUUCUUCAUAAAAUUUUUUUACGUAUCUUCGACGUACGUUAGUGAAAUGUUCCUGUAUAUCUGCAUCUAUGUCUUUUGACUCUAACUCUAAUUUAGCCCAACGUAAAAAUGUGUUUGUAGCCUCCUGGAUAGAGAUAAAAUCUCUCUGUAUAGACCUCAGUUGUUCGAUAGUCGUCUCUAACAUGUGGUUACAUUUAAGAAGAUCUAAUCCUCUAGUUUGCAGAUAUCUUGACAGAGGACCAGUUAUACUAAAAAUCUUUAAAAAUAUUUGCGCAGUGAUUAUAUUUUCGUAUUUCAAUAAAUUAUCCUUAUGAUUUUUAGCUGUAACCCUGGUGUCAGGGUUAAUUUUAUCAUUUUUUUCAAUUUUUUCCAAAGUAUCAAUAACAACAACAUAUAAACUGUUUUCCGGUUUGUUAAAAUCUCCAAAUACUUUCUUAAGCGCCAGUUCCUUAGCCCACCAACGGGUUGCACCAAUACUUUGAAUCUUUCUUUGUUUUGAAUCAGUAGAAUUAUUAGACUCCCAAAUGUUCAUACGUUAAUAAGAUUCUUUAAAGAAAGAAGAUAUCGAGUUUAAUAAAGAAAAAAGUGAAGCAGCUUUUAAAUUUGCAUUCAAUAUAUAUCACACAGGACUAGAUUUAGGAUGUGACUGUAACACCAAAUGUGCACAUGGUCUGAAUUGAGGUUUUGCAUUUUUGCAGAAAAACCAUUAUAUUCACCCUGCAUAUUUGCCGCGCCGUCUGUCGAAUUUGCAAUACAGUUUUGAGGAUUUAAGCCAUUACUUUCCAAUACAUUUAAGACAAGAGCCUCAAAACCUUUUCCAGUUGUAUCGGUACAUCGAAUUAGCGAAAAUAAUCGUUCGAUAAUAUUUCCCAUGUAAACGUAUCUGGCAAAAAUACAAAAAUGUUAAUGUUUAAUGCUACAUAUAUAAAAAUUUCACUAUCUUACCUUAUAACAACCGAGCAUUGCUCCUUUGUGGAAAUAUCUUGCGUAGAAUCUAUUUCAACAGAAAACAUUUCGGCUUCUAAAAUCUCCACUGACAUUUUCUUUUUCAUAAUUUUAGUUAUAAUAGAGAUUAUUGAAUUUAUUGUAGUCUUUGAUAGGAAUGUUAAAAAAUUUCCAGUUCUUCGGGUGUUACCUUUUUCAUGAGCUCUUUUGCUGGCUUUGAUGAUUACAUCCAGAUGUUUUUUCAAAAUUAUGUCAUAUUUGGAUGUUAAUAAAACUAUUUCAAGAAAAUUUCCAUGGUCAAUAUUUUCAUUUUCUAAUGAAUAUGCGGCCUCAUUUAUAUUUCCUCUGUAAGAAAGGCCUGUCUUGCCUAUAAAUUUAAUGACGUUGAUAAUAGUACUUAAUAUUUGUCGAUUGUUGAUCACUUCCUGAUUGCGCUUGUGUAUAAUAACUUGUCUAUAGUUUUAUUCUUCAGGUGCAUAAAAUAUGCAUCACAAUUUUUCCCGUGUAGAAUAGUUCGUUCGUGUUCUUCAAUUCGCUGGUAAACAUGUUUCCAAUCCACCAUGCCGCAGUUAGAGUUAAAGCUAUUUGUUUCUUUGCUUUCAAAAGCUAAACAAACUGAACAAAAUAACGCUUUUUUCGAGAAACUGUAGGUCAACCAUACUCUAUUAGUUCCAUUUUCGCGUUUAAAAGUCUUACCAACUUUAAAAGGCAAUCCUAUUUGAUUUUUUGGGAUGACAGGAUGAUGAUUAAAAAACAUAUUCAGUUCCAUAACGUCCGGUCUUUUAAAAAAGUCGUAAUCAUCCGAAUAAUUCUCAGUUGGAGUGUUCUCUUUUGCCGCCACAUUUUCAUCUUUUUCACAACGCAAUUCACUAGGAAUAUAAUUGAUAAUUUUAGCAUGUUCUGUCUCAUUAGCUUCUUGAUGUUCUGCGGUUGUAUAAUCGCAGAUCUUAGAGGUCGAAGGAAAAUUGUAUUUUUGAUUUUCGGAAGCUGGUGUUUUUAGGAACAUGCUUGUUAACGUCCUACAAGUUUUUGCUUCGUCCAUCAGUCUUCGCUUUUUUCUCUCUCUUUCUUUUUCAGCGCCGCCCCUUGCUUUGGUUUUGUUGCUGCCUUUAUCCAAUGAACUAUAAUUAGGUCUAUUUUUGUCAGUCCGCUUGUUGUUGUGAUUUUGCAGUUGAAGAUCAAAGUUUGUAUAAGCACUUUUGAGCGGACUGUACCUAUAUUAUCUAUAAAUAAAAAUACUAAAUAGGCGGAAAAAUAAACUAGAGAAAGGAUUUACCUAAAUUGAUUAAUCACUAUAAGUAGUCACUAAUAUCAAAUCGACACGUAAAUUAUUGUUUAAACUGAAGUAAAGUAUGUUUUUGAUCUGAACUAGUAAACUACGAAUACUGCGAUCACUUUAAAAUAAAAUAUUUGUCAGUGGUAAUUAUUGCAAUGUAGUCAGCUCUAUUUUGAAUGGAACACUGCUGAAGAAACAAGGGAAGCAGAGAUCUGGGGAGUGUUGGUGGUGUGUUUAACACGUGCUAGGGUUUGAGCAAUUUAUGCGAUUUUAAAAGAGCUGACCGCUGUCGAAGAUAUGUUACUGUGCCUGUACCGACUUAUUUCCAAGAAAUAAGUCAUUCCGAUUUCCUUGUUCGCAGGCGUGUUUCAAAUCAGUUAAUUUGGAUUUAACCAAUUUGACCGGCCCAGACUUGCCCAAUUCGAUCGGCCCUUCGGGAUUUUUCCCGAAUUCCCGACCGGCCCAUCCGUCCCUGGACAGACGGAAAUGGGAGACCUAUUUCUUCGUCUUCUAGGGAUCAUGAAAAAUCGAGAGAGUCGGCCGACGGACUCGAUUACAAUAUUUCCUUUGCUUACGCUCGGUAAGUAAAAAUAUGAAUGCAAUGAUAAAUUACGAAUAUAUACUGAUGAUAUUUUGCACAUUUUAGAUAGGAUUUAUUCGGCAAAUUUUUGAGAUGACGUCAUGAAGUUUUUAGGCUUGAUAAACAGAUAUAUUUUGAUUAAAAACCUACCAUGUCAAACAGUAACUUCAAAACGUCUGCAAUAUUUAUAAAUUCAGUUUUGCAAUUCUUGAUUCAAUCAAUAAAAUAAAUUGACCCAGUGAUUAAUUGUUUUGGGACACCCCGUUUAAGCAAAACUAAAAAAAUAUUAAUGCAGUGAUAAAUCAUAAGUAACAACUCAUCAUAUUUUGCACAUUUCAGAUAGGAUUUAUUCAGCAAAAUUUUCAGGUGACGUCAUCAAUUUUUUAGGGGGAAUGAACAAAAACAUUUUAAUCAAAAAAUUACCAUGCUUAUGAUAACAUUAAAGCAUCUCCAAGAUUUCAGAGUAUUCGGUUUUGCAGUUCCUGAUUAAAUCAAUAAAACUAAUUCACCCAUUCAUUAAUUUUUCACCCUAUAUAAGCAAAUCUAAAAAAUAUGAAUGGAAUAAUAAAUCACGACUAUAGACUCAUCCUAUUUUGGACAUUUUAGAUAGGAUUCAUUUGGCAAAUUUUGGGCUGACGUCAUCAAUUUUUUGGAGGGGAUAAGUAAAUAUAUUUUGAAUAAAAAUUUAUUAUGCUUAUCAUAUGUUUAAAACAUCUGCAAGUUUUCAAAACAUUCGGUUUUGCAGAUUCAAAAUUAAAUUGUAGGUGAAACGAAGUUCACCGGGUCAGCUAGUAUAAAAUAUAAUCAAGAGCAGCACUCUUUGUACAAUCUGACUAACUGUAAGCUUCCUGUGUACAUGUUUUAUGGUAAAUGGGACAUAUUAAUCAAGGGAAAUGUAGUAUGAUUCUUUGGUUUUUCUGGUUAAAAAUAUUUGUUUCCAGGCUGUGAAAAGAGUUUUUGAGAAACUUGGAAGCAGCGAAAAAGAAUAUUUUCGGGUACCAAGUGGAACUAAUACCAAGAAGUUGAAGUUUGGCCACAACGAUUACUUUUUUUCUGAAGACAUCGAGGAGUUAUUUUACAAGGAUCUCUUUCGAGUACUGGAUAAAUUGCACUCCAAGAAAUAACUUUGCUUGAUGCAGAUAUAGGGAUGAAAAUAGAAAUAAAUAUUUAUUUUAUGCA